UCUGUUUGUAUAUGACUCAGACGCCUUUGCAACGUUAAGGUGCUGGGUGCUUUAUACAACACUGUGGGUAGUCGACUGAAGAAAUAGACUGGAAAGUAAGAUCAGCUGAAUACCGGGAAAAAAGUGAAGAAAGACCUCACAAUACACUAACUCAACUGCCUUCACGGACAUCAACACAACCCGCAUCUUGUUCUAGUAUUGUGCGCACCCCGGAGCCACGGAGGCUGCCUUCACCACGCUGAAAUAAACACACCAACUGCAAUGUCUGAGGGCGGGGAGUUGGGUAAUAUUGGGGCUGAAGAGAGGGGUGCAGGGGAGGAAGAAGAGAAGGAUGAGGCUGUUCAAGAUGAGAGUGCCAAGCCGUUAGCGACAGAGGAUGGCGAAAAAGUGUCGCCAAUACUGGACAGCAACCGCAGAGAAGGGAAAGGCUCCGACUACCGCCGCUUGGUUGUCAAUAUAAUCCUGGCCGUGUCUGUACUGCUUAACGUGGUCUUGAUUGUCAUCUUGGUUGUGUUGGCAUCUAGGGAGUGUGCCCAAGGUGGGAUUCAGGGGAAUGCCGCAGUACAGUUUAACACUACUGUUGCCACGGAAACACCAGUUACACCAAGCACGACUUCUGGCAUAGGGCCGCUUACAUCAAACAGGACUACACCACCCGUGAUAACUUCUACCGUGUCCACGACAGCAGCCGGUCCAUAGAGUUGGGGAAGAAGAAAGAAGAAAAAAUUAUAAAAAAUGUGUGUUAUCACUACCAUCUACCAGGGUGGCAGAUAUUAUAGGCAAUUUUUCAAAAAGCCAGAGAAUCAAAUGAUUGUCUAUAUAUCUAAACCCAUAUCUGUGCAUGUCUUGAGAAAAAUCAAUCUGUCGCCCUGGUAGAGGGUAUGUUAUCACGGAUAUGGGAGGUGGUGUAGGCGGCAUUCACCCUCCAAUUCCCCGUUUAUUUUUGGAAAUUAUUUCAGAGGGAUUUUUUUUAAAGUGUCAGCUUUAAAAAGUCAGCUUUUUGUUUCCAGUAUUUCAUAAAUGUCAAAUUUUUCCAAUCCGUCAGCGUCUUGAUAAGUACCAUAAACGUUACAAAUAAUUUGCUUGUAUGUACUGUAGGCCUACAACAGCUGAUCCCCUCCUCCACCCCACCCCACCUACCCCACAUUCAACAGAUGACC